AUGGCUUCUUCCAGCUAUUCCAAUUCUCCUUGUGCUGCUUGCAAGUUCCUACGGAGAAAAUGCAUGCCAGAUUGCAUCUUUGCACCGUAUUUCCCACCCGAAGAGCCCCAGAAGUUUGCCAAUGUUCACAAGAUAUUUGGUGCAAGCAAUGUCAGUAAGCUUCUCAAUGAGGUCCUUCCUCAUCAGAGAGAAGAUGCAGUCAACUCUCUUGCCUAUGAAGCUGAGGCACGGAUGAAAGAUCCAGUCUAUGGCUGUGUUGGUGCCAUUUCAGUCCUCCAAAGACAAGUUAUUAGACUCCAAAAGGAAUUAGAUGCUACAAAUGCUGAUUUGAUCCGAUAUGCCUGCAAUGAAAUGCCAGCAGCAAACCCCCAGUAUGGAAGAAGGAUGGGUAAUGGAAGGGGUUCUUAUGAUCAAAGUUCUGGUUCAUAUUAUCCUUCUCCAUGGAAUAAUGAUCCUUGUGGUGAGAGAGGAGAUGGUAGCAUUUAA